ACUCUUCGCGCGUUGUUUGAGCGAUUCCCCGAAGAGCGCCAGGAACUCGCAACAAUGCUUAUCCCUAAGGACGACCGCAAGAAGAUCCACGAGUACCUCUUCCGCGAGGGUGUGCUCGUGGCCAAGAAGGACUUCAACCUUCCCAAGCAUGGCGACAUUGACACCAAGAACCUUUACGUGAUCAAGGCCUUGCAGUCCCUGAACUCCCGCGGCUUCGUCAAGACCCAGUUCUCGUGGCAGUACUACUACUACACCCUCACCCCCGAGGGUCUUGACUACCUCCGUGAGUGGCUGCACCUCCCCGCUGAGGUUGUCCCCGCCACCCACAUCAAGCAGCAGCGUUCUCACGCUCCCCCCCGUGGCAUGAUGGGUGGUGAGGAGCGCGAGCGCCGUCCCCGUGCUCCCCGUGAGGGUGGCUACCGCCGCCGCGAGGAGGGCAAGGAGGGUGGUGCCCCCGGCGAGUUCGCCCCUAGCUUCCGUGGCGGUUUCGGCCGUGGCCGUGGCGCUCCCCCUUCGUAAGGAGAUGUCGCUUGGUCUUCCUAGGGCACUUGUGGGUGUUGCGGGCGUGGCUUGAGUAGGCCUACAUGGUCAGAAAUUGCUGCGCCUUGCGCAUCCUGAUGAAAAUCAAAAAAGUGAUUAUGCAUUGUUGCUGUCUCGAUACCACGGAG